AUGAGUGAUAACCUAGUUGGGAUAGAGUACAAUCGGGUUACAAAUACCUCCUCGACUGACUUCCCAGGUUACGCUGGUAGUACAGAUUAUGCAUGGGAUAUUGAGAAGUUUAAGGACAAAUUGGAGAUCGAUAUAUCGUACAUAACUGAAAGAACGGCGAAUUUUGAUCUUAUUCAUAUAGAUACCUCAAUCGCAAAUGCAUUUCGCCGAAUUAUGAUAUCUGAGGUCCCAUCAGUAGCCGCGGAAACAGUUUAUAUCUUUAACAAUACUAGUGUCAUUCAGGAUGAAGUUUUAGCUCAUAGAAUUGGUUUAAUACCGUUGAAAGUCGAUCCAGAUUUAUUGACAUGGGUCGAUAGCUCACAAGAUGAAAAAGAUAAAUUUACUGAUGAAAACACAAUUGUUUUGACUUUAGAUGUGACUUGUUCGAAAAAUCCCCACCCUCCAAAAAAAUCAACUGAUCCAAAGGAUUUGUAUCGCAAUGCUCACAUUUAUGCUAGAGACUUGAAAUUCGAGCCCCAAGGAAGACAGCAGGAACUUUUCAAAGACUCGCCUGUUGUUCCAACUGAUCCAAAUAUCUUGAUUGCAAAAUUGAGGCCCGGUCAAGAAAUUUCAUUAAGAGCACAUUGCAUUCUUGGGGUUGGAAGUGAUCAUGCAAAGUUCUCUCCAGUCGCUACAGCUUCAUAUAGGUUGAUGCCUGUCAUUAGUUUAUCUCAGAAAAUCAGUGGUGCCUCCGCGCUCAAACUUAAAGAAUGCUUUCCUUCUGGUGUUAUCGGAAUAGAUGAUAAUGGUAAUGCGUUUGUCAAGGAUCCAAGAAGAGACACUGUUUCAAGGGAGGUCUUGAGGCACCCUGAGUUUGAUGGAAAGGUAAAGCUUGCUAGAAAGAGAGACCAUUUUAUUUUCAACGUUGAAUCCACAGGCGCAAUGUCACCAGAAGAAAUAUUCUUCAAGUCUGUUAGAAUAUUGAAAAAUAAAGCUGAAUAUUUAAGAAAAUGUCCCAUCGCACAGUAG